GUGAAUACUCGUCAUCCAAUAGGCAUUUACUAAGUACCCGGUAUAUGCCAGGCACUAUUCUGGGGUCGGCUACCUAAGCCAGCAGUCUAAGUCUGAUGGUCAGGCAGCGGUCAGUUUUCCACCACCCCAUCCCAGCAACACUUCCCUGGGCACACUAGACGUUCAGAACAAGUCAAGCAAUCGACUAGGCUAUACGAAUGGCGGCUGCUGCUGGUGGUGCGGCUGCUGGACUCGCGGUAUCCACAGGAUUGGAGGCAGCAACGCUGCAGAAGCUGGCGCUUCGGCGGAAGAAGGUGCUGGGGGCCGAGGAGAUGGAGCUGUACGAGCUAGCGCAGGCUGCUGGCACCGCCAUCGACCCGGAUGUGUUCAAGAUCCUGGUGGACUUGCUAAAUCUGAACGUGGCUCCCAUCGCCGUCUUCCAGAUGCUGAAGUCCAUGUGUGCUGGGCAGCGGCUGGCAAGCGAGCCCCAGGACUCGGUGUCCAUAUCUCUGUCUACAUCCACAUCAGAGACACGAGGGAGAAACCGAGGUGGCCCCAUUCUAGGCAAUGUGACUAUAGCAGCAGAACGUGGAAGCCGUGAAAGACCCAUCCAGAGGAUGCCACGCCAGCCCAGUGCUACCCGGCUGCCCAAGGUGGGAGGACCUGGAAAAAGUAACUCCCGAAGCAGCCCAUAGGCUGGGACAGAAACUGCACUUGACACCCGGUCCUCAAGGCAGACAGUGUCCACCUCUUCACUUCCUUAAACCCUUCUGAGGAGCUGAGCAUCUGUAGCUUUUUGAUACUGUUAAAAGAUUUAGAUUUAGAAUGAGUUCUAUGUGGAGUCCUGGUUUUGUUACAGCCAAACUAAUUGGUACACAUAACAGUGAUUUUUGUCUUUUUGGGUCUUAUUUGGAGUUUAAUAAAAUAUGUAUAUAGAUGA